AUGUGAUACCCUCAAGUUGUGAUCCCAAAAUGUUUACAUUUCAUUUCAUACAGGAAUUAAUAAAGCACUGAAUCAGUGCAUGCACAGACAAGCUUGCACUUAAUUAACUUCAUCAAGGUGUGUAGGAAACUUUGACUUUGAAAAAUGCAGAAAUUCCAUUGUUUCAAAACUUAAAAGCAUUCAUAAGAUUUGUUUUUGCUUUUACUAUGUCCGCUUCACCAAACUGUUCUACAAAGAUAGUUUUUUUUACAGGAGGAAGAAAGUUUUGGUUUAAUAUUAACAAAAGCAAGUAAAUGAUACUGGUGAAUAUUUCAGCUACUGAUUCCAAGGGCUAUUUUUUCCUACUUGCAAAAGAGAAAAUGAAUUAAUGUUUCUGUUCACUUAAAAACAUUUAUGUUAAAAAUAUUCACUGAGAAAUAGUGAUUUGGACUUCACUUCAGAAACUAACAAAGAACUUGAAACAAUGAAUCGUGAAUUUGAGCAGCUGUGAACAGAAAUAGUGGAUACUUCAGGAAGAGUGGCCACAGAUGUCUUCAACUCCAAAAGUCUGGCCAUUCAGGCCCAGAAGAAGAUCCUUGGAAAAAUGGUGUCCAAAUCAAUAGCAACUACUUUGAUCGAUGAUACAAGCAGUGAUGUUUUAGAUGAGCUCUAUAGAGUGACAAAGGAAUAUACACAAAAUAAAAAGGAAGCAGAGAAAAUCAUCAAAAACCUCAUUAAAAUAGUCCUCAAAUUGGCAAUUCUCUACAGGAACAACCAAUUUAAUCAGGAUGAAAUAGCGUUGAUGGAGAAAUUCAAGAAGAAAGUUCAUCAGCUGGCUAAGACCGUGGUCAGUUUCCAUCAGGUGGAUUAUACCUUUGACAGGAAUUUUUUGUCCAAACUGUUAAAUGAUUGUAGAGAGCUACUUCAUGAAAUCAUUCAGCGUCACCUAACUGCAAAGUCACAUGGACGUGUCAACAAUGUGUUUGAUCACUUCUCUGAUUGUGAAUUUUUGGCUGCCUUGUACAAUCCCUUUGGACCUUAUAAACUCCAUUUGCAGAAGCUUUGUGAUGGUGUCAACAAAAUGCUAGAUGAGGGGAACAUAUAGGUACUUGUAUUAAUGUUGACUGCCUAUGCGUUACUUGUAGAUGAAACACUGUUGAUUUAUGAAGGAAUAAGGGAGCAUGCAAAAAUGUUUUUUUACAUUUUGACAAUUAUUUCUAAAAUAUCUUUAUUAAAUUGAUUCCUUGUUAUGAGCUAUCUGUUGCUAUUCAUAGUCCAUCUGGAAGAAAGACUGCACAUGACUUUUUUUACUGUCCUUUGCCUAUGGAAACAGCUGGAUAAAGACAAUAAAAGAGAAAGCUCCAAGUAGAGUAAGAGUCUUGCAAGAUAGAUAUACAAAACAAAACAAUAUGCUGUCAGACAAUCCACAUCUUCCAUAGAUUUACAAAAUUAUUUCUAAACUAUCAGAGUCCAGUAAUGUCGGUAACAGACUAUCAUGGUGAUGGUACACUCUAUAAUUUCUCUGACUUAUUUGUAAAAUAGAUAUAUUUGAUUCAUUUAUAGUCUUUUAUGCUCUCUGCACAGAUCACAGCUUCCUAAUGUUGCCCUUAUGAAGCAUUCAGUUUCAAAUAAUAUCAGUGAUGCUGUCAUGUAGAGUCUUAACAGGCUUGUUCAUCUCCAGCUCAGUGGUGAAAUCUUCCUGUCUGCAAGGCUACCAAGUAUAGAUCCUUAUAGACCUGCACAGAUGCUUGCUUCCUUUGAUUAAAUGGGGAUUAUUUGAGGAAUAAGCUACAGUAAAAUAGCCUAACUGGGGAAGAGUAUUCCCUAGAAACCACCUGCGGUACAUAAUUUUAACUCUACCUAUGGUAAGGUAAAACACAGUGACUUACCUGUGCAAUUCCUUAAGAUAUUUAGAAUCCUGCUAAUAAGUCACAAUACUUUCUGAAAAGGUGUGAGGCAGUAUAUUUUAUACACUAGGCUGAUGUGUAUGAUGAUGUGAAUUCAGAAAGCUUGAUCUGCUGAAAAUAAAUUCCAAGCCAAUUUGCUUUGUGUACAAUGAAACUAGAAACAGCAAUUAGUUGUAUUGUGUUAUAUACUAUUUAACUAAUGAAAAAAUGGAAUGUUGGAUAAAUUUUGUUUCUUCUUCUUUUUUCCCCUCUUAUUUUCAUCCAUCUUUUUCUCUCUCAUAUUCUACCUGUCUUGCCCUUGGGGGAUAAAAAAAUGUGACUUUCUAGACACUGUAAUGUACUUAAAAGCAUGAAGUUAAUACAUUUCAAACACCAGAAGCAUUUUUGUUAGGAAGCUUAUAAAGAAUUUGCUGUUUAUUUAAUUGCCAGUGUUUUUGCUGUUUGCUGUGUCCUUUUGUUGUAACAAGUAAACCAAAGAAUAUUUGCACUCUGAA